UCACUUCCGUAAAUACACCGUUCUCUUCCUGUUUCAAAACUAGAGUUCACACAUGGUCUUGUUUAUUUAUAGCAUAGUCUGAAAUUUAUUUUGAAAGUGUUGUAAUAAAUUCCUGAAAUGUAUUAAUAUUACCCUUAAACAUUCGGCUGUUUGUGACGAAAUAUAAUGACACCAGCUCAUGUUCUCCUGUUCAGCUGGAGCUUUUUAGCGUAUGAGCAGCUAACGUUAGCUUAGCAAAAAUAGCAGUUACAUAACGUUACCUUUUCCAUGAGCGGAGUGAAAUAUGGAAAUAGACGGGCUGGAUUUUUUGAACACUCCUCCAAUGAAGACUGUUAGGUUUGGAUGCAGUGUUGCGGAAACGUUAACGAAACAUAAAAGGGGAGACUCAAGUGAUUAUGAAUUGCUGAAACAUCAGCUGGCUGAUCCUGAGAUAAAGGAUGCUCAGAUCAUUAACUGGUUGCAGGAAUUUCGGGUUUGUGUGACCCAGCUAACCAAGGACCACGAACAGCUUAUCUAUACUGUCUUGAGGCUUCCAUGGGUUGGCCGGAGCCAGGCUGUGGUGGAGGAGUACAUGGCCUUCCUCAGUAAUCUGGUGUCAGCACAGACUGUCUACCUGUGUGCCUGCCUCAAGAUGGUGGUUUCUUACUUCACUCCCAAGAGAGUGACCAUCUGUGAAGGAGGAAUAGAUAUUUCUGAUUCAGACGAUGAAGAUGAAAACCUCCCCAGAAACUUUGAUCAGUGUCACCAGGCUUUGCAGCUCAUCGCCAGAUAUGUUCCAUCCACAAGUUAUUUUCUGAUGCCCAUUCUGCAAGAGAAUUUCCCCUUCAUGCAGAAAUCCUCCAGAACCCUUGAGUGUUACGUCCACAACCUCCUGAGGGUUACAGUUUAUAUAUCAUCCCUCCGACGAGAAAUUUUGGAAGUGAUCAUUGGAAAGAUGCUCAAACUGGAUGUGAGUGCAUCUCGGUCAGACAUUGAGGAGGCAGAGGAGAAAGCAAUGCAGAACCAAAGGGCAGAGGAGCAGACUGAGGAGGGACUCUUUGACAUGGAUGAGGAUGUGUCAGCUGAUCAGUCCUCCAGGACGACUGUGAUGGCUCAUCCAGUGGCUGAGAGGCUGGACAGUCUCAUGACUGUGCUGAUGGCUUACAUCAAAGAUGUCUGCCAUGUCAAUGGUUCUCUUCAUGUGGAAAAGACUAAGGAACUGUACAAAGAUUUGUUAAGUGUGUUUGACAAGCUCAUUCUGCCAACAUACGCUUCCUGUCACAUCCAAUACACGCUCUUUUACCUCUGCAGCUUCAGACUGGCUCUGGCCGAGGCCUUCUUAGAUCACCUGUGGAAGAUCCUGCAGAGUCUGUCCCAGCCUGCUGUCCUCCGUCAGGCUGCUGCUGGAUUCCUGGGAAGCUUCCUGGCUCGUGCAAAGUUCACCCCUGUCUCUACUGUGCGGGCCUGUCUCAACCUGCUGCUCUCUUGGAUCCAUCGAUACAUUGAUGACCAGGACAGCAACAGCAGACAGAUUUGCUGUGACACCAACCUGCAUGGGCCCUUCUACUGUGCUUGCCAGGCCGCCUUCUACAUUCUCAUCUUUAGACACAGAGGCAUACUGGAGGGCAACAUGAAAAAAGGUCUGGAGUACCUGCAGAGUCUGAAUCUGGAGCGGGUGGUAAUGUGUCAGCUGAACCCUCUCAAGGUCUGCCUGCCUUCAGUCACCAGCAUGUUUGCUGCCAUUACUAGGAAGUAUCAGGUGGUGUUCUGCUAUACCAUCAUAGAGAGGAACAACCGCCACAUGCUGCCGGUGGUUCGCAGCUCUGCAGGCGGAGACUCUGUGACCACCAACACCAACCCUCUGGAUAGCUUGUUCCCUUUCGAUCCCUACCUGCUCAAGAGGUCUGGUCAGCUGAUUGAGCCACUCUACCAGGUCUGGGAGGAAAUGGCAGAUACGGAGCUGCUUCCUGCAAAAACAGUCCAACAGAGCUUAAGGGAAGACGAGGAUGACUUCCUGUGUGGGGAGACACCCCAGACCGAAGACACCGUGGGAAUAACACCCACUUCAUUUGACUCAAACAUCCACAGCCCAAGCAAUAUGGGUUCACCUCCAAUCAUCUUCCAGAAAUGUAUAACUUCCAAUGAAAGCAACAGUAUCAGAAAGAACGUUACAGACUCCUGUUGACCAAGUUUAAAUAAAUGUUGUGAAGAGAUGUUUCCAACAUAUAUCUGAAGAGGCAUCUUAGUUUUUAGAUGAACUCUACAUGAACUGAUGUACAUGUAAAUCGCCCCUUAGCUUUUGGUUGUUUGUUCUUUAUGGGGUAAAAUUCAACACAAAUUAAACUGAGCUUGACAAGUUAUAUUGUGUAGGCAGUAGAAAUGUGUUAUAAUGCUGCUGGUUUUAAAUAAAAUUUUACUAAACUUUCCCAGAAACAAUUCUGAGAGCUGAGACAAAAUCCCACAAGCCUGUAUGGAAUCCAUAUUUGGCCCUGGCUUCUCAACUUUAGGCAGUUCACAGUGAGCUGUACCAAAUGCUACAUGUUUAAUUUUCUUGUAGCUAAACAGAAAAUGUUUGUAUUUGUAGCACCAUGGAGAAGAGCAUGAGAAAAGAAGUAACCAUUAAAAUAUCAACCAUGAUCAGCCACUUUAUGGAAACCAAAAGGAAAUGGAGUGACAUAAUUAGGCAUUAUCUGUAUGCAAAAUGUACAGGUACCACUGCAAACAUUGAGAGAGAGAGCGAGCAGGAGGGCCAACAGCUCAGCGCAGAGGAUGAGGAGUGUGUGGAUGAUGCUUUUGGUAUAUGCAGUCACAAAAUCUUACUAAAUUAAAAAAAAAAAACUACAGGUACAGCCUGUAGUGAUUGUGCAGUUUAUUAACGUGAAAUUCAAACUACAUUUCAUCACAAUACAAACUAUAAACUAUUGCUGUUAGAAUAGAUUCAGAGGAGAGUCACAUUUUUUGAAACCAUCUUAAAACGGCUACUACUACUCUUUACAUGGCCAUAUGUUCAUUGAAAGCACUGUAGGUUGCUUUAUUCUCCAUAGUGGCCACAUAGACAAAAUAUGCUGUCCACCUCUUCUGCAAAAAAUGCAUUAUAAAGACUGAAACUUGAGAUGUCUUAGACAAAUCAAGUUGCCCCCUUCAAAUAUGUAUAUUCUUAGGAUGGAAUGUCUUGUGUUUCCAUGUAGUUUUUUCAAGACAGACCUGAAAAAAUAUUAACCUAUCAUUAAAGGAAUUUACUAUUA